AGUCCAGCCCCUCCGGCCACUGUCCGCAGCUCCAGCAGACAGACACAAGCCCCCCCAGAGAGCCCCAGGAAACAGCAGCAGAAGAAAGCAAGCAACCAUGUCUAUCCAGAAGAUCCACGCCAGGGAGAUCCUCGACUCCCGGGGCAACCCCACCGUGGAGGUGGACCUGCACACCGGCAAAGGCCGUUUCCGUGCCGCGGUGCCCAGCGGGGCCUCCACUGGCAUCUAUGAGGCCCUGGAGCUGCGGGACGGGGACAAGGCCCGCUACCUGGGCAAAGGGGUGCUGAAAGCCGUGGAGCACAUCAACAAGACCAUCGCUCCCGCCCUGAUUGAGAAGAAAAUCAGCGUAGUCGAGCAGGAGAAGAUCGACAAGAUCAUGAUCGACUUGGACGGGACGGAGAACAAGUCCAAGUUUGGGGCCAACGCCAUCCUGGGGGUCUCCCUGGCCGUUUGCAAGGCCGGCGCGGCCGAGAAGGGGGUCCCCCUCUACCGCCACAUUGCGGACCUGGCCGGCAACAAGGAGCUCAUCCUGCCCGUCCCGGCCUUCAACGUGAUCAACGGGGGCUCCCACGCGGGGAACAAGCUGGCCAUGCAGGAGUUCAUGAUCCUGCCGGUGGGGGCCAGCACCUUCAAGGAGGCCAUGCGCAUCGGGGCUGAGGUCUACCACAACCUGAAGGCCGUCAUCAAGAGCAAGUACGGGAAGGACGCCACCAACGUCGGGGACGAGGGUGGAUUCGCCCCCAACAUCCUGGAGAACAACGAAGCGCUGGAGCUUCUGAAGAGCGCCAUCGAGAAGGCCGGCUACCCGGACAAGAUCGUCAUCGGGAUGGACGUGGCGGCCUCCGAGUUCUUCCGCAAAGGCAAAUACGACUUGGACUUCAAGUCCCCCGACGACCCCAACCGCUACAUCUCCGGGGACAAGCUGGGCGAGCUCUACCAGAGCUUCAUCAAGAACUACCCUGUGGUCUCCAUCGAGGACCCCUUUGACCAGGACGACUGGGAGACCUGGAAGAAGUUCCUGACCCAGGUGCAGAUCCAGAUUGUGGGGGACGACCUGACGGUGACCAACCCCAAGCGCAUCCAGAAGGCCGUGGAGCAGAAGGCCUGCAACUGCCUCCUCCUCAAGGUCAACCAGAUCGGCUCCGUCACCGAGUCCAUCCAGGCCUGCAAACUGGCCCAGAGCAACGGCUGGGGAGUCAUGGUCAGCCACCGCUCCGGGGAGACGGAGGACACCUUCAUCGCUGACCUGGUGGUGGGACUCUGCACUGGGCAGAUCAAGACCGGGGCCCCCUGCCGGUCAGAGCGCCUGGCCAAGUACAACCAGCUGAUGAGGAUCGAGGAAGAGCUGGGGGACAAGGCCAAGUUUGCCGGGCGCAAGUUCAGGAACCCCUUCGCCAAGUGAGGCGGCCCCGGCGGGAGGAGGAAGAGGAAGAGGAGCGCCCACGACAACGACAACAACGAGGGGCCGCCUUCUCCUUGGGACCCCUUCAAAGAGCAGCCCACUUCUGAGGUCCCCCCCAAACGCCCAUCUUGGGGACCUGAAUAAACAGGCAGCUGUGCCACCAAACUCUU